AUUUUUCCAGGAGCCCUGUAUCUAAGAGUCGGAGUGUUGCUCAACGAGGCAAUGGCCACCAGCCCAUUCGCCUGUAUCUUCCACUUCAGCUGCCUCAUCUUUGGCGGUGUGGGCAUGCAGGUAGCUUUAGCGCUAGCUAUCGUGGACAGGUAUGUUGCUAUCGUGUAUCCACUACGCUACGCAACCAUCGUCACUUACAACGUAGUCUGCGCGUGCGUCAUCGGAAUUCAUUCAUUCAUUGGAGCAUUCAGUUUCGCCCCUCUCUUACCGGGCUUCAACAACUGGUGGAAAACAUGCACAUGCACUUUCAACUUGGUGCUCUCCACAGGCUACCUUUACACUCUUGUCUCCCUCAUCAUGAUCUCCAUGGUGGUCUCCAUGACCUUGUACUCGAAGGUUCUCCACGUGGCACGGCGGCAUCAACACAGGAUUCACGCCGUUGUCUCACAGCAGCCCACGUCCGAGGGGAGGGCAGUCGGUGUCUCAAGUCGCGGGACUCCUCACACAGGCGUUCGUACAUUACAGGAAAAUCUGCAGUUUGAGGGACGUGAAAGAAAUAUUUCUGGACGCACAAAGAACAACGUCCCCCAAACCACAGAGAACAAUGUACAGUUUGGUGAAGGAAAGAAGCAGUUUAAUUCUUUUCCCAACGCCAGACUGGGUUCAGAACAGUUGGUCCUAGCGUCAGAGCCACAGUUUGAGUUGAAAAAAGAUGGCUCUCUUUCCCACACUCAUCAGGAAUCUGGUGAGGUCUCAGAAAGAAGAUAUUCUCACGACUCGACACAUGGUGAAGACAAUCGUGUAGUGUGCCAGAGCCCAAGACAACUGACUCUGGCCUGCUCUGGGUGGUCAGUGAUAUCCAGAGGCGACCCGGACAGGGCUGGGGACGAAGUGUCUAACAGAAGUGUGUCCGGCAGCUGCACGUCGCCACCAGGGUUCCACUGUCCUCGUGCUGGUCAGAUUGUGGUCAAGUGUGACCAGCUGUACACCAACGACAACAUCUGCCUGGGGACACCACGGCGGGGAAUGUCUCUACUGACAAGGGAGCAAAGCGGUGACAAAAGUGACCUGGUCCGAACUGACCCCGCUCGAGAGGCAGAAAGUUCACAUCCAGGCAGCGCCCUGCAGACGCUGACGUCACGGGUAGGUAAUGACGGACAGGGUUUUCCGGAUGCUGGUCAAAACCAGGGACCUCUUCUAGAGUGUCGGAUAAAGUUCACACAAUCUUCUAUGGACAAGUAUAGCAGCAAGCAAAGCAGAAACUCCUCUCAAGAUCAACACAAAUCCAGGUCACCUCAUUUGCCCAACUAUGAGUCAGCAUACGAAGAUCACAUGGAGGUUUCCGAGAAAUCUCAAGGUGACACAACAUAUGUCAGUAGUGAACAGACACAUUGUGUGCCUAUUCCAUUCAUACAGGCUGAUUCACAGCAUACCAAAGUGGAACAUCCCGGAAAUGCCGAAUCUAAACAGGUCAGGAAUGUGCCUCUAGCCCUGCAGUUCCACCAAAAAGUAAUGGGCGUGUCUUCAGUCUUGAGGCAGACAACUGGUAGUGGUCACUCGUUUGCUCCGUAUGACACCAGCUCGCCUGUUUCGGCGCAGACUAGCACCAACCAGGCACAGGACCGAACAAACCUGGCACAGGAAACUAUCGAGUGA